AUGGCGUCGCCCGCCAAGCCAUCGUGGAAGCGGCGGUGGGCGGCGGAGGCGCAUCUGCGCGGGCAUCGCGCGGAGGUGACGGCGCUCUGCCACCACGCCGCCUCCGACUUCCUGCUCUCCGGCGACAUGGAGGGCGAGGUGAGGGCGUGGAGCCUCGCCACGCACCGACCCGUGGCACGCCACAGGCUGCACGGGUCACAUGCGGGCAUCAUUGCAAUGGACGCCGUGCCGCCGGCCACCGUUGCUCCCUCGCUCGCUCACUCCCUGCUCACGCAGGGCCGGGACGGUGUGGUGCGGUGCUGGGCGGUGGAGAGUGUCACCUCUGCGAGCAGCGGCAGUGCAGCGCCCCCCUCACCGCUCUUCACCGUCCACACGGGCGCCUUCACCUUGUGCCGCAUGGCUCUGCCCUCCCUCGCCUCCCCUGCCCCCUGCCACCCACCACCACCGCCACCCUGUGACGGUGCGCUGGUGUCAGCCCCGUGCAGCGGUGCCAGUGAGCCCCGUGCAGCACACGCACGUGCUGCUGGGGCACAGCAGGCGGGGGAAGGUGAUGGGAGGGGGGGUGAGGGGCGAGGGCGCGGGGAGCCACGCAGGGGGCUGUUGAGUGGUGCGCUUGGCGCGGUGGAGGGCGGCAGGUGCGAGGGCGGCAGGGCAGAAGGGGAGGCACUGGAAGGGGGGAGCACAGGCGAGGACGGGCGAGGAAGGGAGGAGGUGGGGGCAGCAGCGAGUGGCGUGCUCCCUGCUGUCUUGGCAACUCCCUGUGACGACAACUGCACUGUGGCGCUGUGGGACCUGCGCCAUCCCACGCGCCGCUCGCUCUCCAUCGGCUCGCCUCAAGGCUUCCCCCACGCCGCCCCUCAUCCCCACUCCGCUGCUUCUGCCGGUCUGCCCAUGGCGCUGCAUCUCAUGCUCAGCCCCUCCGUGUCGCCCGCGCUCUUCCUGCUCGCCGGCUACGAGGACGGCCGCAUGGCCCUGUGGGAUGUGCGCCGCCCCGACCGCCCUCUCACUGCAGUGCGCCUGCACUCCCACCCAGUGCAGAGCGUGGCGGUGUGGAGCAGUGGCGAGCACGGCGUGUCAGGCGGGGCGGACACAGACACCGUCUUCUUCCGCCUCUCCCUCUCCCAGGGCAGCAUGGAGGUGGUGAAGCGGGUGCGGGCACAGCAGCCCGGCACCGCUGCCAUCGCGCUGCACCCCGCGGGAGGGGUUGCGGCCACGGGGGGCUGGGAUGGCAGCGUGCGCCUCUAUGACUGCGCCCACCAUCACAGCCCUCGCCCUGCCGCCCACCUCACCCACCACUCUGCUGCU